AUGUCGCCCAUUCCUGACAAGAGUGUCGUCGUCCUAGUAGCGAGCAAAGGUACAAGUGCCGAUACCGGUACAACCCAACAGCCAGAGUCAAGGUCGGAGAUAGUAGAAGUCCUUGAUCCAGGCACAAAUGCUACCUAUCGGGUAGCCCACCUGCUCGGUCUAAUGAUCAUCACCAUACCACCCCAACGAAUCUUGAGCAUGUAUCAUGUAACCUAUGAGGCUGCUGGAUUUGUGGCGGCAAUGCAUCUCAAUGAACGGAAUUCUUCCAUUGUGCCCGAUCUGGCCGAACGAAUGAAGGGGUGUGACAUCAAAUUCACAUACGAAAUGGCAGAUUCUCAAUACAACAGACUGGUGGCUCUCAAGACGGUCCAGCAAGUGGCUACUCGACCAGAUAUGAAGCCAGGGCACACCUACUCAUCAGAUCAAUGGAUGCCAAGGCCUACUGCUAUGAUUGGUGCAGCCGCUAGCUCAAUAUCCUUAGCAGUGGCCAACUUGGCAGGCAUUUAUCAAAUACCUCAAAUCUCGGCAUCUUCAUCUGCCACGGCUCUGGAUAACAAGGUGGCAGCUCCGUAUUUCUCACGGACAUACCCAACCAAUCAGGCAGAUGCAGAGGCACUCAUGAUCUACUUCAAGUCUCUGGGUGUCACACAUUUCGGAUGCAUCUAUAUGCGUGAUCUCUACGGUUCUUCCUUUGGACAAGCCGUCGUCAGCGCGGCCGCAGAGCAUGGCAUUGAAAUCUAUUUCACAGCCUUUGAAGCGGGUGAUGACCAAUCACUCAAAGAGGGGCUGCAGUAUCUCAAGUCCACGCAGGUCCGGUACUUUUUUGCCGUCGUGUAUGUGGACUUAAGCGAAACAGUGUUCCGGGAAGGGUACAAUAUGGGCAUCAUGGGUCAUCCUGGGUACACAUGGCUGCUUGGGGACAGUUCAUCCUACUUGGCUUCUGGAGACCACACUGUGGAUCUUGCAACAGAAUCAGAUAUCGCCAAAGCCAUCAAUGGUGUUGGAGUUAUUCUUCCUGGCAUAGACAUUCACCCCAACCUUCAACAGAUUAUGGAACAUGACUUUCGUACCAAUCAACAGCUCCAACAAGACUUUGUGGCUGCUCAUCAACCCAACCUGCAUCGCUUUUUCAAAGAACUCGAUUUUGAGACAAUGAAAACUUCCAUUUUUGUUGGAAUGGCAUAUGAUGCUGUCAUCUCGGUUGGCUUGGCUGCAUGUCAGCAAUCCGAGAGAUUCUUCUCACCAGAGCAACUCCGGACUGGAAUUAGACAGCAAGCAUUCCAUGGAGCCACAGGUUAUGUCACCUUUAAUAAUUUCACUGGGACAAGAGAUCUACUCGGGCUUCGAUAUACCAUUACAAACGUUGUCGUCGCCGAUGAUGAUCAACAAGUCACACCCGGAAGAAUCAGUUUCGAUGCCACUGCCCGAACAGCAAUCGAGUUUCCUUCCCAGGUAGUCGACCUAGGUCUGGGGCCCUAUGUCUACACAGAUAACACCACAACAACUCCUCCAGCCCUGCCCCAUGUGGAUGUCGAUAUGAACUUCAUCCCCAGAGGAAUCCAAGCCUUUGGGUGGGGACUGAUGACAUUCAUCAUCGUCCUCUCUGCCUGUUGUAUUGCAUUUGCUCAACACUACCGGACAAAGCAGACAGUUGCAGCUGCCCAGCCAGCCUUCCUCAUGAUGAUCUCCAGUGGAUGCUUGCUCAUGGCUACUGCCAUUCUUCCAAUGUCACUCCAGGAGCCCAUCCCAGAAUCAGGACUGGAUAUUGCUUGCAUGUCCCAAUUAUACCUUGUUUGCAUUGGAUUUUGUGUUUCAUUUUCAGCCUUGUUUUGCAAGCUCUACCGCAUCAACAAGCUACAGCAAGGGGCAAGCCAAUUCAGGAGAGUGACCAUUGAUGUAAAAGAUGUCAUGUAUCCACUUGUCAUCAUGGUGAUGCUGAAUCUUGCUGUCCUCGUUGCAUGGACAGUAGCUGAUCCAUUGAAAUGGGAUCGUCGUGAGCCCGAGCACGCCCGAGAUGAAUUCAAUCGAACCAUUGCAAGCUAUGCUGUCUGUUCGAGCAGCAAUGAAACAUUUGGGAAAGUCUUUGGCACCCUCCUGUUUGCAAUCAACUUUGUUGCCUUGGCAUUGGCAAACUGGGAAAGCUAUAAGGGCCAGAAGCUACCAAGCCAUGUUAAUGAAACCAGGAGAAUAGCUUUUUCCAUGUUUUUCCUCAUUGAGGCUUGCUUGCUUGGGAUACCCAUUCUAUUGGUUGUUCAAAGCAAUUCAACUGGUUCAUUUCUUGUCAAGGCGGUCUUGAUCUUUUGGCUUUGUGCAGCAAUUCUGGGUCCCAUGUUUUUGCCACUUUGGAAUAAGCAAACAGGGAGGGAAUCAUUGACACGAUCUGUUUCAAUCCUAAGCUCCAGAAAUCUAACGAACAGAUCUUCAGAGAGAGUCAUGUUUCCUUCAAAGACAUUCCAUGUUGGCAUGCAGCAUCAACAAUCAUCUACAGCGCUGUGGAGUCUGGACAACACGCAGUGA